UAAACAUUGCAAACCAGGUAAUCAGGUAAUUAAAGUGGUUGUGUUUGUAACGCCUUCUUAAUUUUAAGACAUAAGCUCUCUAAAAAUAUUGUAGCAUGGCUCAGAUCAUUGAUGGUAAAGAUUUAGCAAGACAAAUUCGUGACAAAGUCAAGAUAAAUGUUUCACAGUUGAAAGAAGAUACUGGUCUUACACCAGGCUUAGCAAUUGUACAGGUUGGCAAUCGUGAAGAUUCAAAUGUAUAUGUCCGUACUAAAUUGAAAUUUGCCAAAGAAUUGGGAAUGCAAGCUGAAAUUGUAAAAUUGCCAGACACAACUACUGAAUCUGAGGUACUAAACGUUGUAAAGAAUUUAAAUGAUAAUCCUGAUGUGCAUGGAAUUAUUGUGCAAUUGCCACUAGAUAGUAAAAACCCAAUCAAUUCAUCACUUGCAACAAAUGCUGUAAUGCCAGAGAAAGACGUUGAUGGGAUUAAUGAUAUAAAUGCUGGAAGGUUGGCAAGAGGAGAUCUAGAAAAUUGCUUUACUCCAUGUACACCCGCUGGUUGUAUGGAGCUCAUCAAAACAACUGGAAUGGAUGUAAAAGGACAGAAUGCUGUUGUGUUAGGACGAAGCAAAAUAGUUGGUUCACCAAUGGCAAGUCUACUGACAUGGAAUCAUGCGACAGUCACUAUUUGUCAUUCAAAAACACGAAGCCUUAAAGAUGUGGUUCGUUCAGGCGAUGUUAUUGUGGCAGCUGUUGGUGUUCCUGAAAUGGUUAAAGGUGACUGGAUCAAACCUGGAGCUGUUGUUAUUGAUUGCGGCAUCACGGCCAUACCAGACGCCAGCAAGAAAAGUGGACAUAGGCUUGUUGGCGAUGUUGCAUAUAAAGAGUGUAAAGAAGUAGCAAGUUGGAUAACACCAGUUCCCGGCGGUGUUGGACCGAUGACUGUUGCUAUGUUACUCCACAACACAGCUGAAAGUUGUAAAAGAUUUUCUGCUCAACAAAAAGUUUUGAAGUCUGGCUUUGGAGUUAGUGUUGACACGCUUCGAUUUAUACAAAGAGCUGCUAGAAGAAUUCGAUUUUAAAGAAAUACACCAUCUCGUGGUUUUGUAGCAGUAACAAAGCGAAGUUGUUCGAUUAAUCAAGCGUGACUUUUAAGUAAACGCUGCAUGAGAUGGCACAACGCAUUUUCUCUCCAAUUGAAAGAACUCGCUCGUUAGAUUUUCUUUCUUUGUUCUUUUUUUCCCAAAAAAAAUCAGUACGAUGUCGGAGAAGUACAAAGAAAUAGCAUAAUUAUGUUAGGUUAUUCAUUAGUUUGUAUUGCAACAACAGGAUAUUAUUUUUUCCCACCUUUUAAAUCUGAAAAAUCGUUGUCCAAUGUCGUCAUUUAAUUUUGCAACGUCGUCUUGGAUAUGACGCGCUAUUUUCACACACAAGUAUUUUAACAAUUCAUUUUUAUAUUUUUGUUUUUAAGUAUGUAUUAUCGUUAGGAUUGUGUUAAAAUUCUUGAUACAUAUUGCGAAGUAUAUACAAUGGUACAUUAUGCGUUGUAUAUAAUUUGGCUACGCGCAUAACUUCAGGAGAGAAAAGGCGCAAAAUAUCCUAACCAAAUAUUUCACCUCGUGUUGCGGUUAAGCUUCUGGAUUAGUGAAAUACUCUUACUAAAAACUUGUGAAAUACAAUCAAACCUCUUUUGGGAACAUUAUUAGAUCAAUUGCGGCAAAACUCUCGAAUGCAUACAUUAAUCACGUGGGUGAUUAUUGGGCUGUAUAAUAUUUGGUGGAACUGCAGUGUCUUUUUAGAGUAGAGUGUAAUAUGAUUCAUAAUUUGUUUUUGUUUAGUUUUUAGAAUUUUUGUAUAGUUUUCUAUGGAAUUAGAAAGUUUUAAAUUAAAAA